GGAUUCGUAUAGCAAGUACCUGAGUUUUAAGCAUGAAGAGCCUCCUAGAGAAGAAGGUUUGCGAUCCCACCCCUCUCCCGGUCGUCUCCCUCAACCACGUCUCCUUCUUGUGCUCAUCCCUCCACGAGUCUGUCAGAUUCUACGAGGAAGUGCUUGGGUUCCAGCUGAUCCGACGGCCCUCGUCCUUCGAUUUCCAAGGGGCAUGGUUCUACAAUUACGGAAUCGGCAUCCACUUGGUGCAGAGUCCGGAAGCAGUAUCGAAGCCAUCGGAGAUCAAUCCUAAAGCCAACCACAUCUCGUUCCAGGUGAGGGUUACAGGGUUUGCAUCCACUGCGUUUGACGCUUCUUCGACUGAUGAUUUCAUGAAAUGGCAGUGUGCUGACAUGGGAAGAGUGAAGCAGAGGCUCGACCAGAUGGGAAUCACCUACGUUACCGCAGUGGUCACGGAAGGUGGAAUUAGGGUCGAUCAGCUCUUCUUCCAUGAUCCUGAUAAUAACAUGAUCGAGAUAUGCGACUGCGAAAAGCUCCCCAUUGUGCCUCUGUCCUUUCCUUUCGCCCCUCUAAAGACACCGCAGUUCUGCACCGGAAGCAAUCGAAGUCUCAGAAGGCACCGCAGCGUUGCAAGCAUUGGUUGGAUAAGACAGUGAUGGAUCAAUAGGAUUAUUUAUGUCGAACGGUUGUGAUCCUUCACAUACAAAUGAACCAUCAACAGCUCUAUCUUUGCCGGUCGCUGUGCUCCUUCCUCUUCCACGGCGGGCUUCUCCUCGUCCUGUUGUCACUCUGAUACAUAAGAUUAAGUCUCAGGAUGAAUGUAAAUCGUUUCAACUAGUCUGCACCAACGAUGGGUCACCAGAAAUCUCUAAUUCAGAAUAAAUAUGUACAACUCCCUAUCUAUGUUA